AUGGAAUUUACAAAUUUAAGUCCAUACGAUCAGUCAGUGAAGAGUUGUGAUGUGAAAUUUUUGGAUAAUGAGAUAUCAAAAAGAACACCAAAGUGUGCAAGAUGUCGGAAUCACGGCAUCAUAUCAAAUUUAAAAAGUCACAAGAAAAUGUGUAAAUGGAAGGAUUGUCGUUGUCCAAAUUGUCUUUUAGUUGUAGAACGACAAAGAGUGAUGGCUGCACAAGUCGCCUUGAGACGACAGCAAAGUUCACAUACUGGAAAUACAUCAGUAACCACAAACACGUCGUCAUCAAAAAUUAAUUCAUUAGAGUAUCUUGAAAGGAUUCAGAACAUGGAAGCACUUAUCGCACAAAAGCGAGCAUAUCAAAGGCAAUUAAAAACUUUGCAACAGUCAGCUGCCUUUAAUCGACAUCAACAACGUUUCAUUUCACCAUACUAUGCUCCAUUGAAUGACAGAAUUAGAAAGAGGAAGGCCUUUGCAGAUCCAGAAUUGAUGGAAUCAACAUUAAAUUGCUAUUUAAAUUAUCAACAUAUGCAUCAGCUACAAUCAUCGACUACAUCAUCAACAUUGUUGUUGCCAUCGUUUCAACCCGAAAUAAAUAUCAACAGCAACUUGUUGCAUGCAAAGGAAAUGAAUAAUGAACAAACACAGACGAGAACAAUUUCAUUCUCGAUAGAUUCUAUUCUUGGAAUUAAAUGA